AUGCUCAUUUGGCAAAUAGGUUUAGGUCCUUUGACAGGCAUUUUGGCAUAUCCUGAGGACAUGGGGUGCUUUUUCACCCACAGAGAAGAGAAAAAUGAGGUGUCAAAGAAAAGCGAGAAAUUUGAUCCCAUGGCACAUUAUGACAGCGAUGAGGAUGAUGACAAUGAUUUUAACUUCCAAGGAGGAUCCAAUGCCUAUAAUGGGAUCGAUGAGCCAGUGACAUUGUCUCAAAGAAGCGAUCUAGACCCUGCACAAGAACUAGGUUACUGCCUCGUUACUCAUGAGGCAGAAGAUGUUCAGUCAGAGAAGAUGUCCACAGCUACCCUUGAAGAGGCUCAGAAGGCCACCAGAUGCAAGUUGUCUUUGGGACUCCUACAACCUAAGAUUCAAAUGGGCACUCAGCAUGCUAAUGAAUGGCCUCCUCUCAAGAGAGUCUACAACAAAAGGUUCUCAGUAUCAAGGGUGUGGGUUACCAACCAGAAGGAGAACAUGUAUCAGAUAUCCAAUGGAGAAGAGACUGACUACGAGCUGAUUGGCUUCCAGCUUGAUAAAGAUGACUAUAUGAGCUACAUCAGGAGACACAAGCAGCUAUUUUGGAGCAAUGAAGUCCUCCAUGCCACUCUGAAGCAUGAUGGUGUACCUUGGCAUCUGGCAAUAGAGGAGGUGUCAGAAGAUUUCAUCACUUCAGGCCCUUCAUCCCAGAUGAUGAAAGUGGGGGGAUUUUACAAGAUGGAAGAAGGUGACAAGUUAUGGGAUGAGAUGCUCACCAAGGACCAGAUCAACAUCAUCUGUGGGAUGCAAGUUGGAGAGGAAGUGAUCUCGAUGUAG